UGUAAAAGCAACAGCACCCUGAAGGCACUGAGAUCUGCUCACAUUUUCUUCCUACCACGUUGCACAGACUGAAGACAUCAGGAAAGAACAGAGGCAAUUUGGGUUCUAUUCACAUGGCUGUUCCAAUUUGAAGCAGACCUAAGAAUAAAGUCACAAACCUUGGUGAAAUCUUUCUCCAGCAAAGGCCAAGGAGAAGACAGCUUGAAAAGAGGAUGUCAAAAGUCAUCCCAAACCAUGUGGUACGAGUGGGAGAGACAAUAUGUGUUUCAUCUGAGGACGAACAGUGUUUGCAUAAGCAUGGAUGCUUGCCCUCUCACUCACUGCCCACAAAGUACUUUUAUUACUCAACUGAGGGUUUGGACAGGCAGAGCUUGGUAGCCCAAACCAAAGGAUGCUCAUUGCCCAAGACUGAACUCUUUGGCUCUUGCAGACCUAGUACUGGGACCACACCUGUGAUGAUCUCUCCAACUCUGGAAGAUAAAUGUUUGCAAGAGGAUCAAUUAGACACAACCUGUGAUGCCUGUGUGAUCUCUCCUACUUUGGAUAUAUCCAUAGAGAACCUGAACCGCCUGAUCCUGGAAAUUGAUCCCACUUUUCAGCCUCUCCAGCUAAAGCAACACCCAACCCAGAGUCCUGCACACAUUAUCCUACGUGAGCAAAAGGAUGUCCCAGAUUCCCCAAACAUAAAAUACAUUGAAAUGACUCCCACAAGAACAAAAUGCACCAUGGAGUCCUUGCAGAAUUCCUCAAGUCCUUCUGGAACUCCACUGCCAAACCACGUCCGAUUAUUGCCUUACAGACAAAACCCUGGAGAAAAUGCCAGCCUUAGAGACCAUGUGACUUCCCCAUGCGGUAACAGUCCCAGAGGCCCCCAACACUUCCUACCCAUAGAGAAACAAUCACCAACAUUCCUCCAAGCAUCUGCAAGCAUCUCCAUUCCAAAGCGGGGUCAGACAAGUUCUGCCACCAGCGAGUCAAAUUCUCUCCUAGCUACCUCACCGGGCUUUGAGAAUUUACUGAAGCCCUCUCCAUAUGGGAAGAUACAGCAACGGUGCAGUGAAACAUCUGUACUGUCAACAAGUCCUGGGUCAGACACCAGCUACAUUCUGGGAAGCAGCACUCAGUCAUUGCGCAGCAACGAACUGGACACUCCUCAAACCAGGUCAACAGGAAGUCUUUCAUCCAUUGGCUCCCUGAGCGGCUCUUCCUUCAGCGCCCAGGGCUUGGAGGCCUUCAACUCUGCUGUCACUUCCUCCACGAAAGUGAAUUCACUGCUACUGCCAACAUUCUGGAAGGGACAGACCCCCCCUGGCCCUCUUUCUCCUGUCACAAACUCCACAUUCUCCAUCCCCAUUUUGCUUGUCAAUGGCUGUCUGGAGCACAGUGAGAUGUCUGCAAAACCUUCCAAGGUUCACCAGUGUCCUUUCAAACAGAAGAUGCCCCUGCCAGCUUCUGGCACAGUUUUGGACAUUGACGGUCCCAGCAAGACCUCUUCUGAGAGCUCGCUUACGUCUUCGUCAUCUGGGGAGAGCUGUCCCAGAGAGGUCCAGACAACCAUGAAAUUUGUGUGGCACACUUCCAAGUACUGGUUCAAACCGAGCAUCACACGAGACCAGGCCAUUCAGCUGCUGAUGGAUGAACCUCCUGGUACUUUCAUCUUGCGAGACAGCACCUCUUUCCGCGGUUCCUUUGGACUGGCCAUGAAAGUCUUCAGCAGCAAAACAGGGGGGAAUCAUGGUCCUGAUUCCAUCAGACACUUCCUCAUUGAGUCUUCCAACAGAGGAGUUCAUCUUAAAGGGGCUGAUGAAGAACCCUAUUUUGGAAGUCUCUCUGCAUUUGUCUAUCAACACACCAUCAUGCCUUUAGCAUUACCUUGCAAACUGGUGAUCCCUAGCCAAGAUUUGGUUGUUGGAGAGGAGAAUACUGCCUUGGGCUCAGAAGCUACCCUUCCCCUUCCAAAGAAAGCAGCUGUUUGCAAUCUCCUGUAUCUGCGUUCUGUGACCAUGGAGACUCUCACCGGCAAAGCAGCAGUCCAGAAAGCAGUGUCUUCCACUUUUGAACUGGAGACUUUGCCCACCCCCACUGUUGUCCAUUUCAAAGUCACCGAGCAAGGAAUUACUUUGACAGACAUCCAGAGAAAGUGGCAAAAAUUUUCCAGAGCUUCAAGGAUCUUUGGUGUUGUUGCCAAGAGCCCGGCUGACUCCGAGAACAUUUGCCACCUCUUUGCAGAGUAUGACCCCAUACAUCCGGCUUCUCACAUUGUUGACUUUGUGAAGAAAAUUCUACCUGUGGCUUAAAGUUGCCCAGAUGCUUAGCACUUCCUUUUCCAAUUGUCGCCCCAUGUAGAACCCCAAUGCAGGGGCUCCCUUUAACCUUUGAAGCUGCCCCAAGUUUCAUUUUGAGGCUGCAGAUAUGCGAGAGCUGCCCUGAAAAGAUACAGAAAUGCAAUUGUGGGCAAGGAGGACGAUUGACCAGAGACUCGGCCACGCAAUCUCCUGCGCUCUGUUGUGCGGAUGGGCCAAAAAUGUAAUUUCCUGUCUUUCCAUUUUUGUCUAUGAUUUUGGACUACUUCAGAAGAGCUGUAAAGGUUUUGCUCACGGGAAUGACUGUCCGGUCACAUGUUUCCUGUGGCCACAGGAUUCAUUUGCCAAUAGUAAAGUUACCUGACAAUUAUUCUGGAACUAGUGAAAUAUUGUCUGUAGAUGUUGGAUGUAUUUUGUAUGCUUCUCUCCUUCAUGGUUAGGAAUAAGGCAACGCAAUAAACUCUGGUUUUGCA